CCAACAUUCCUGACGAUGGUGCUGGAGGCCAAGAUUCCGGUGAUGACAGGCGCCUUCAUGGACUCAUCUCCCAAUGAUGACUACAGCACCGACCAUUCUCUGUUCAACUCGUCCACCAGCGUCCACGCUGCCUCCAUGGCAGUUCACAGCCAGCCUGAAGAGCCCCAGUCAAUGUCUGGGGAUGCCAUUUGGCUCUGGAUCGCCAUCACUGCCACCAUUGGGAACAUAGUAGUUGUAGGCGUAGUGUACGCCUUCACAUUCUAAGAGCUCUGAGCCAGGAUGUUUGAAAGAACUUGGGGUAUAGUGUCUGACUGUAUGAGCAGCAAUGGGCUGUGAGCACACUCUCUGUCAACCAGAUGACUCACCAAAUGGAAAUUCGUCACAGAACACAGCAAAAUUACCCAGCAGUCAUCAGUCGCAAAGCACUUGAGUCAUAAUCUGCCAACGAAGUGUGGAAGAGUGGGGGGAAAAAAAGUGUGUGUGUGUGUGUAUAUAUACAUAUAUUAUAGCAGACAUAAUGUAAAUAUGUCCUCUUUCUUCAGUGUGUUUAUGUGCUUCAAAGUGUUUCUGUUUUCCUUUAAUGGCGAUAUAUACUUAAAAUACUGAAAAAUGUUUACUUACAGUAUGUUGCAGGGACUUGUGUGAAGGCUUCAGGGUGGGGGUGAUGGAUCAGACAAGGGGCCCUUUAAAGGAGGCAGAAACCUGUUGGCCUUCUGAAAAAAUUAUGUAAUACUGUAGGAAACAUCAGGGUAGUGUGUGAGUUUGUGUGUUUGGCUGGCUGUGUAAGCUCAGCAGAAGAGGUGAGCAGAUACUGUUUUGUUCCAUUAUUCCAUUAGAAAAACGUUUAUUCUGAAACAACAGAUUCAAGGACAAACAUUCCAACUUUUCAAACCCUUGAAAUAUUUAAAUGUGGUGUUAUUUUGUGUUUUUACUGUUAACCCUGUCUGUAAAUUUCCCCAUAUGCAACAAUAUGAAUGAAUGUUUGGCCAAAGACACUUACUUUAUUUGUAACUGUAACAGUACUUCAAGAUUCAAGAGGUUUUUUAUCAUAUGUACAGUAAGAAACACAAGGUUUGUAUUUACAAUGAAAAUCUUACUUUGCCCGACUCCCUGAGGCAACACACAAGUAGAAGAGUAGAAUAUAAAAUUAAAAAUAUAAUUUUUUUUAAAUAUAACAUAACUUACCACUUAAAGUACAGAACAUUGUACAGUAAACAAAGAAACCUGAGUUGAAUAAGCUGCUCUAUGCCUCACAGUUACACUUAAGGUGCUGUGUGACAUUAUAUCACAGUGGGAGUAAAUUGGUGUGGGGGAGGGUGGUGUGUGCUGUACUGUUUUAGAGAGUUACUUGUAAAUCAACCUAAACUGUGAUUUCCUCUAUGGCGUCAGAGUUAUGUCAUAUGUCACAAUAAAAUGGAAGCAGAGCAGCCGAAGGACAUCAGAGGACAAACCAGAAAAUAUUUACUCCAUCAAAUAUGAUCCAGUUUGACCAAAAACAGUGAAUAAAGUUGUGAAAGUUGUACUGUAUUUAGUUAGGCCCUAGGUCCCCUGAAACAUUCCACUCCAUGAUAUUUUCACAACUUGCCAUCAGACCAGUGCCUGAAAUAAUAUAAGAUGAGGAAAAGAAAAGAAGAUAAGAUGACUUUAUUGAUUCCACACUUGAUGGAGACAAUCACUUGCUACAGCAGCUCCAGAUACAAUACAACAGAUAAGAAAAGUACACAAUAAAUAAAACGCUAUAUACAGCUAUUUAUACAGUUUUUAUACAGAUGUGAUAGAUAUGGAAUAUUGCACAGGUUGCAGCUGGAGGCAGUGGCAUGGUAUAAAAAUAAAUAAUUGCAAUAACAUAAACAAACAAACCAAGCGGUAGACCAGCAACUCCCAAGGUAAAAGGACUCUUUUUAUCAGAGGAGUCUGGUGGCUUUAUAUAACGACCUGAAUCACGUCCAACAUAUGUUGAGAUAUUCUGUUUGGGGUCAUCCCUAUGUUCCCCGCUAAGGUUAGGGUUAGGGUUCCCCGGUCCCAUACAAAGCGGGGAACAUAGAACCCGGGGAACAUAGGUACGCUCCCUUCUGUUUGUAGCUUUCCGUAUAAUUUAGUUUAAACUAGCACAGCACUAAGUUUACUUCCAUCUCAUCGCUUGAAAAAAUUUUCAAAUAUUUCUUUUCAGUGCAAGGCGUGGAGUCACCCUGCUCAUCAGUGUCCCACUGGACCUAGACAGCCAAUCAAAUCAAGCAAGAGAUUAAAUAAAUAACUAGGUUAGCUAGCUGUUUGCUUGUUUUUUUUCUGUGUACAGUGUGUGAGAGAGCUACAGAGCUGGGGUGUAGUGGGGGGUUAACUCAUGUAACCUCAGUUACACAAAAGCUUUGAAAUGAAGCUAGAAUUCACUCAUCUAGAGCUCAACGUCUGCUUCAGUAUUUUUUUCUGUUAAUCACAUUUGUUUGCCUGGGUGUGCACGCUGCCUCACUUCACAGAUCCACCAACUGUUUUUUACCUGAUGUGCUCUGUGUAACUGGCCGCAAUCAGAAGCUGUCAUCAAGGUAUGCAUGGAGGUCCAUGUGGGUCAUAAGAGGUUCAGUGCCUCCCAAAACUUUGCCAUUCUUUGCCUCUCCCUUUGUUUUGUUUUUCUGGCUCGCUGCUGCCUGUACAACUCUCGGUUGUUGAAUUUGUGUGUGAAUGGCAGUUAUUAUCUGCACUUGUGAAAUAGUAUAAUUUUCUUGUGAGCAUUUGACAUAAAUCUGACACCAUAUGUGUCUUUCUGUUGUACAAAAUGAGCCAGUAUUACUAUUUUAUCUCCUCCAUGCUGGUAGCUUGUUUUUCUUGAAAUUAAAACAUGAGUUCCCAAGUCACUGUAAAAAUUUUUUAAAUGUUUCCCCCAUUAUAUCAAAUUAAAAAAAGGAUGUUGUGGGGCCAAUAUUAUUACUAUAUUUCUUGCAAAUGUUAAUUGAGAGUUGUGAACCAGGGGCUGAUUUUGCAUCGUGCAAGAUGAGAUCAUUACCACUGCUGUUCAUUUUCAAAACCAACCAUGAAAACAUUUGUGUCAACAUUGCUCACAAAUUGCUUUCAUGAAACAAAUGCCACAAUCUCAAUCUUUAAGGAUUGUACAGUAAAGUAAGGUAUUGGUGGAUGAGCACACAACACAUUAUGAUUAUUGGAGAAACAAACUAACAGAGGCUAACAUAUAGACGGAUAAAAAACAACCUCCCUUCAAAAUACUAUGCAAAAUCAAUUUUUUUGGAAAAGGUAAUGUCGAGCUUAAUAUAGCUUUACAAUAACAGAACUUUUUCCUUUAAUUAUUUAAUGUUUAGGGUGCCCACCCAUAGCCCAGAGAGUUGUAGACACUCAUGCGAAGAGGAGGAGAACUAGCCUGUGUGGACUUCUCAUAAAAAGUCUUUAUCAGUUAACCUGUUCUUGGCCUGAUGCUUCAAACAUUUAAACAAGUUACUGAGUAACUGUAAUCAGUUACAGUUACUUCUCCCAAAAUUAACUGAAUUACUUUUCUAAUUACUGCAUAGAAAAGUAUUUAGUUAAUAGGGAAAGUAACUUUUACUUUCAAAUGUUUGCCUCAAUUCACUUAUUAAAGCACACAGCUGUCAGUUAUAUCAGACAUUUCUUUUUUGUAAUUUUUUUGGUAUACUUAAAUAGGGAUACAAUCUGGGUGUAAUCUUAAAGAAAAGGCAUUUUUCAUUUAAGCUGGACUUUAAUAAACAAGCAUUGCUGUUAUGUGUGUCCUUAAAUGCUUUGCCAUUCAA